AUGCAAAAACGCUUCGAAAUUAUACCGGAGGUGGCUCGAUUGCAGGCGCCAAAUUUCGCUUGGCAGCCCAAGCCUCAUGGGGACAGUGCCUUUGCGUUCGUCUGGUACGGAUCGACCGAAGUUGGACUGUACGACUCGUCGGGACAGCGAUACGCGCGGCUCUACCUAGAGACGAACUCAUCCGUCACUUCGCUUUCGUGGGAUAGAGAUGGGGAAUGUCUCGCUGUUUCACAGACAGGCGGUGCAGACGUCACCCUCUGGGACGCGCAAACACAGACAGCAAGCGUCCUCGAUACCGGAGGAAGAGAAGUGACCUUCAUGGAGUGGUCGGCAGUCGGUCACACACUGGCCGUGGGGACGUCCAAGGGGCUCGUUAUCCUGUACGACCGAGAUACGAAGAAGAGAGAGACAGUCCUGGGCCCCCACACGCGAGCAAUAAGAGCUGGCAGCUGGGGCGCCGGCAGUGUCGUCGCCGUGGGUAGCGAGGAUAAACUAGUUUCGCUGCUCACAUCAGACGGUGCCUUGGUGCAGGCCUUCCAGACGCCAAUGCAACCGAGUCUCAUUCGCUGUGCCCGAGCGCCCAGCGGAACUGCGGAACCCCACUCAAGCACGUUCAGCGUACUCGUGGGGGAUCAGUCCGUCUUCGUUUACUCUUCAGGCAACUCAUCUAAUCCCCUCGAAAUUUGUCUCAACCGCGGGUUCGUCAGUGACAUGACUUGGGUGGACGACGCGGCGCUCAUUCUCGGAUACAGCACCGGCGACGUGGUGGUUCUCAAGGUCGAUGUGAGACAGAAUACAGUCGAGACAGUCGUUUCCCACCGAAUCUUUGCACAGUUUCUGGACGGAAUAGCCUUUGCCCCGUCCACCAGACAAGCUGCCCUGGCAGGAGAUGGCGUCAUCAGACUGAUGAGUGCUGACAGCUGGGAGGAGGUUAACGAAGGCGUCCAGUUGCAUCCGCAGACCGGCCGGAUCUCCCAGAUUGCCUGGUCUCAUAAUGGCGAGCUCCUUUCUUUCUGCACAAACACAGGUUACACAGGCUGUUACUCGGCCAGACGACUUUCCCUUGCGGCGUCCUUUCAAACCAAAAUCCUCCAUGCCACCUCACUCAGCGGCUUCUCCCUCACAGACGCUCGCGACCAAGGCUGCAGCGUGCCCCCCCUCACGGUGGACUUCGAGCCUACGAUCGCGGGCUGCGGCCCGCGUCACUGCGCGCUUGGCAGGGGCAAUUCGGUCAAGUAUUUCCGCUUUGAUUUCUGUAACGGAACGUGUGAGCCAGCGAUGAGCUAUCAGCUGGAUUCAAGGAUUGCGAUUGUGGCGAUAGGCCAUUCCAAGGCUGCGAUUUUAGCAGGGGGUCGGGUGUAUGUGCACUCGCUCGAGGCUGGUGAGAGCUCCCUCGAGUGCCUGCCGAAUCGGGACAACCAGGCGUCUGCCACUGCGUGCGCAAUCGCGGACGAUUUUCUCGUCGUCGCUCACUCCGGCUCCUACUUGACCUAUUUCUCACUCACUGAGAAAACCGGCCUGUGUGAGUACCGGCAUGCCGUCGCCAUCACAUCGCUCUACCCGAACCCGUCGUGCACGAAGACGGUUUUCCAGGACGCAGAGGGAGGCAUUUUCCUUCACAGUCCUUGCACGGAGACCUGCAUGCGCGUGGCGAAAACAGAGACGCCCCUCGCAGCAGUCCUGUGGGACAUGGGCGAGCGGACCAUCUUUAUCUGCUGCACGGAAACCCGCGCGACGACUUACUGCUACAUGCCUUUCUACAUCGCAGGCGAGGCCGUCAGGGAGGUCAAAUCUUUGGACAGGAGUUUAAGGUUCGAUGCGCAACGAGCCUCAAGCCUGACGGAGUUUCCCGAGGGCGGCGGGCAGCCGCUUACCCUCCUGAACGGCAUCCUCACAUACAAACUCCCGAGUGGAAAACUCGCGACGCUGUGUCUGAAGACGCACACAUCAAUCGUCCUGGAGCACAAAGGCCUUAGCCCGGAGAAGGCACUUCCUAAGCUGCUGCAGCUCGUCUCCCUCAACAAGAUCUCCGAAUCCUUUGAGGUCGCUCGCGACUGCGUCGGCCUCCAGCCCUCCGCCGCGAGUAGCCUGCACCGGCAAAUAUGGGAGCUCCUCGGCAAGGCGGCGCUGGACAAUUUAGACCUAGACGGUGCCGAAAAGGCGUAUCAGCGGAUCCCGAGACCGGACAUGCUCCUGUGGCUGAAGGACAUUCGCCAGCAAAGCGACGAAAAACUCGUGGCCGCUGGAAACAUAUACAUUCAUACGGAGGAGUUUGACAAGGCGGAAGAGGCGUUUCUGAAGUCGACGCAGCCGACGUUGGCGCUCGACCUGCUGAUGGACUUGCAGACGUGGGACAGAGCCUUGACCCUGGCGCAGCAGCUCGACCCGAGCAGACUCGGCAUGCUUCAUCUCCGUUACGCCCAAGCUCUGGAGGACGAAGGCAAGUUUCAGCAGGCGCUGCGCCACUACGAGCGAGCUCGGGAGAAGCUCGACAGCCACCAGGCCGGUUGGAAGCCUCGGGACUGCGAUCAUCAUCAGUCGAACUCAUCGGGCGAUUCUCCAGAGGAAAGAGAGAACGCAGCAAACAAGCGCCAGAAACCGACCGCCCCAGAGGCGCGGCCGGAUGCAUGCGUCUGCCUCGCCGGCAUGGCGCGGUGCGCUAUCCGCAUUGGAGAGAUUCAGCGAGGCAUGCAAAUGGCCGUCGACCUGGGCGACCCCCGGGUGCUGGAGGAAGGUGCAGCGCUUCUCGAGAAGCUCAAGCAGCUGCCAGAGGCGGCGCGCCUACAUGAGAAGGCGGGCAACAUCCAAAAAGCCGCCACAAUGUACAUCGAGACCCACGAAUUUGACAAGGCGGCCCAGCUGAUGAAACACCUCGACUCGCCGAGGCUGCAGCUGCUCUGGGCGCAGGCGAAGGAGGCGCAAGGCUUCUUCGCCGAGGCGGUGGCGGCAUACGCAAAGGCGAAGAAUAACCAAGCCGUGGUUCGAAUCAUGCUUUAUCACCUUCACCAAGAGCAAGAAGCCUUCAACUGGGUUCGUCAAACUCGAUCCUCGUCCGCGGCGGAAACCGCUGCGGAGUUCUGCAGGAAAAGAGGUCUAGUUCGAGAAGCUGUCGAGUUUCUGGUGGCCGCCGGGCGCGUAGACGAGGCGCUCGAGUUGGCUAAAGAGCGAGAUGAAAUGGAGUCCCUCGUUCACAGUGGAGGUUCAGGACUGGGGCCAGACGUUCAGAAGAGCAUCGCUCUCUACUACGAGAAACAACAUCUGCUAGUGGAGGCGGCGCGGCACUACGCCAACAGCGGGCUGGCAGAAAAGGCCCUCGAUCUCUACUUGCGCGCGGAUCAACCGGCCUAUGACGCUGCCAUCGACCUCGUGGGACGCACGCGGGACGCCCGCCUCAUCCGCGUUCUUCAAGAGCGUCUCGAAGGCAUAUCCGACGGCAUUCCAAAAGACCCUGUUUUCAUUCACAGAUUCCAUGUUGCCCUAGGCAACCACGCUGAAGCCGCGAACUGCGCAUGCAGAGUGGCGCGCAAAGAGCAGGAAGACGGUCAAUACAAAGCGGCUCACGAGGUUCUGUUUCGCGCGUGGAAGGACCUGGAAAAGCAACAGUUGGAGGUGCCCGAGCAGCUUUUUAGCCAUUUCGCCACUCUCCAUUCCUACAUACUCGUGCGGCGACUAAUGCGCGACGGUGACUUCACCACUGCCGCGUUCCUCCUCGAGAGAGUGCUAGAAAACAUACAAGGGUUCGAAACCCAUGCGGCAUCCAUCCUGACGUCCGCGAUCUUGGUGUUUCAACGAGCGUCGAUGAAACGCCGCGCUCACAAGUACUCGUGCCAGCUGCUCAUUUGGCACGAGUGGCGACAAAAGAUCCCCGAAAAACACAGGCGCACGGUGGAAACGUGCGCGAGGAAACCGCCUUUGUCCGUAGAGGCUGACCCCGAGCCUGCGACCUCUCCCUGCCCGUUCUGUAGUUCGCCUCUUCCAGACUUCACAUUGGCUUGCAGCGCUUGCGUGGCCACAGCGCUCCAGGACUUGCUUACUACCGAGGAGAUUUGUCCUAUGUGUGAAAUGGCCUUAGCUCCCGGAGAUAUUGUUCUUGUAGAAGCAAGCUCAUUUCUUCGACGUGCGGCCCACACUGAACCCCAUGCAGAAGAAGGUGCCGCCGCGGAUGUUGUAAAAAAUACAACUGAGGCAAGGACGUCCGGGGACGGGCAGUCAGAAAAGCUCGCCUUCAUUAACGCUGCCAUGGAUUUGGUCGCUGUGACUGUAACGAAUGCUGGUAUUCCUGUUGAAGACUCGGAUCAGCACGAAAAAACGCUUGAGUGA